AUGGCUUCCCGUAUAUAUCGAUCAAUCUGUCAUUUAGGUGAUAAGAUUAUUUAUCCUAUAUUACCUGCUUUUGCAAAACCAAUUUGGAACAAUAAAGAACUUGGACCAAAAAGUGUUUUUUUUUGGGCUCCAACUAUAAAGUGGUGUUUGGUUAUUGCAUCUUUGGGAGACUUACGUAGACCAGCUGAAAAACUUUCAUUAUCACAGAAUACGGCUUUGUUUGCUACUGGAGGAAUUUGGACAAGCAUCCGUCAAUUUCUUAGUUAUGUGUACGGCUGCUAUUCAAUUAGCUAG